AUGUCUGGCGUCAACCAUAGAGCCCUCAAGAUCUUUGGCAACCACUUUGGUGGUCGAUUUCGCCAUCCCGCGUUUUUGCGUCGCCACGGCUUUGGUCCCGAUGUGUUUUUGUUCCGCAACCUUGAAUCGGGCCAAGUGAUGUACACUCAGCUUCCCUUCCCUCAAGCUUACAACAUCAAGACGCAGUUCCAGAAUCCCAACUGGCAAAACCGACUGCCCGACAUCCGCCGCGAUAUCUGGCGACCCAUGGCCAUGGCACAACUGCCCUCUUAUCCCUUGGCUGUCGAGCUUUACGAGUCGCUUGUGACGCUGCGGCAUUACCGUGACAAGCUCUUUAAGAAAGAGGCCAACGGCUGGCGGAAACGUAACGACGAUGGUAACAUAUGGUACUCAGGCCAGUACAGACCCACGUACUCUCAGGAGGCUGUUGCCGACUUGGCCUCGGUUCUCAAUGCCUUUGAUGUCGAGACUAAGGUCCUCUGGGAUGGUGUCUGGAGAAAGGGCCAGGACGAAUUCUGGAAAACUUCAAUCACUCACGAAGAACUGCCAGCAUUUAACCCCAGAGACAGCUAUUCUGCUCUCAGACAGCUUGGCUACGACCACUACCUGGAGUUCCAGCAGACCGAGAAAGAGGCUUACGAGGCCAAGAAGGCUGCUGCUGGUACUGGUGCUGAGAAGCCUGCCGAGGCUGCUUCCACUGCCGCUGCUCCUGCCAACUAA